UGAGACUCGCGUGCGCCUGCCCGCCCGUCCUGACCGGGUCCUCCCUCCUCCCCACAGCCAUCUCGGGAUCCUGGGCCACUUGCGCUUCCUUCUCCACCGUCUACUUCCUCUUCAUCAUCGUCGUGGCGUCUACCGUCUUCCACUGCCACUGGCGCCUGGCCGUGGUGCCCGGCCCCUGGGCCCACUCGGGCCGCGGCGUCCUGCUCCCCAGAUCUCUGCCUCGGGGCGGCAUGUUCACCAUCAACGCCCAAGGGCGCCUGGGGAACCAGAUGGGGGAGUACGCCACCCUGUACGCCCUGGCCAAGAUGAACGGGCGGCCCGCCUUCAUCCCGGCCGAGAUGCACAGCGCGCUGGCGCCCAUCUUCCGGAUCAGCCUCCCCGUCCUGCACCACACCGCGGCCGGCAGGAUCCCCUGGCGGAACUACCCCCUGAACGACUGGAUGGAGGACCGCUACCGCCACAUCCCGGGCGAGUACGUGCGCCUCACCGGCUACCCCUGCUCCUGGACCUUCUACCACCACGUGCGCGACGAGAUCCGGCGCGAGUUCACCCUGCACGACCACGUGCGCGAGGAGGCCCAGGCGUUUCUGCGGCGGUGCGGGUGGGGCGGGCGGCGGCCGGGCACCUUCGUGGGCGUCCACGUGCGCCGCGGCGACUACGUGCACGUCAUGCCCCGCGUGUGGAAGGGCGUGGUCGCCGACCGCGGGUACCUGGAGCGGGCCCUGGGCUGGUUCCGGGCCCGCCACCGCGCCCCGGUCUUCGUGGUCGCCAGCAACGGCAUGGCCUGGUGCCGCGAGAACAUCGACGCCUCCCGCGGCGACGUCGUGUUCGCCGGCGACGGCGUGGAGACCUCGCCGGCCAAGGACUUCGCGCUGCUCGCGCAGUGCAACCACACGGUCAUGACCAUCGGCACGUUCGGGAUCUGGGCCGCCUACCUGGCGGGCGGGGACAUCAUCCACCUGGCCAAUUUCACCCUCCCGCAUUCCCCCUUCCGCUGGAUCUUUAAGCCCCAAGCAGCCUUCCUGCCGGAGUGGAUGGGCAUCGCUGCUGACCUUGGCCAGGCCAGAGAGAACAGCCCCUAGCCCCGCACGCGCCUCCCUGGCCCUCGGGUCGGCAGGCGGGCCCAGAAUCAGGCACCCACAGCCUGCCUCCCGGCUGCUCUGCUUCUGAGCUGGGCGGCCUCGAACAAGUGACUUAACCUCUCUGUGCCUUUGCGGGCCACGUGCAGAACAUAAUACAGGACUUCCCUCAGCGGCUCCUCGCAAGAACCCAGCAAGUCCAUUCGGUGCCUUGAAAACACGCGUGUUGGGGAAGCCGGGUCAUAUGUCCUGUGGACCGUCCCACGUUCCGGACUUGGCUCAAUGCACCCUCGCGGUGUCCAUUCACUGGCGACUUUAUCC